AUGAGAUCUUGGAUAGAGAAUUGUCAUGUUUAUGGAGGCCGUGAUUUGCAAUCAGGAUGUGAAGGUGGGACUUGGCUAGCUGUAUCGAUUUCUAUGAAGAAAGUAGGCCUGCUGCUUAAUCUACCCAGUACUCCUAAAAACGAUUCUAAAAGCAGAGGAAAAGUUGUUGAAAACUUUAUUAAUAGUCAUUUGCAAACCAAUGAGUUUAUUGAAUCUAUGAAAGAAUAUUUCCAGAAAUGUAAUGAGUUUGUUCUAGUUGCUGUUGAGUUUGGGGAUUCAAUACCUGUAGUGCAGACAUAUAAUAAUGCAAUCAAUGAAUUAAAACAGUGGCAGGCUGAAUAUUUAGGUUUUAGUAACAGUCUCCCAGAAAAUCCCUUGACUAAAGUAAAAGUUGGCAAAUGUAAGCUACAAGAAAUCUGCAGCAAAUUUAACAAAAUUAUUGAUAAAGAAAAGCUAAUUGAUGAGCUAGUUGCCAUGUUAAAAUCAGAAGAAAGAAACCUACCAGAUCAGCAGUUGGAAGAACGGAAACCUCUUAACUAUAAAGAACUUAGCUCCAUUUUCGUUAAAAUACCUAAAGGGGGAUAUGGUACAAGGGCACAUACCAUACUGUUGGUGACAAAAACAGGAAAAGUGGACCUUAUUGAGAUAAGUAUGAAAACACCAAUAGAUCCUUUCAAUCCUUUUUGGGAAAGAACUGAAUUUGAAUUUGAUAUA